CGUUGCCCAAUGAAAAUGAACCGCGGCUGACACCUGGCUAUAAACCCAGGAAGAAACCCAAAGUCCUAAUCAGAAAUCUGUUGAAAAAACCCCGAGAGGCGCAGCAGGCAGACGAGUGGAGAGACAGCCGCGAUGACUUCCAGUAAGAUCGAGAUCCCCGGAGAGGUGAAGAGCGACCCCGCUACUCUCAUGGCAUCCCUCCAGCUGAUGCCUUCACCGGUGCCCAACCCGGAGAUCAAGUACACCAAGAUUUUCAUCAACAAUGAGUGGCAUGACUCUGUUAGUGGGAAGGUCUUUCCUGCCUACAACCCAGCUACUGGAGAGCAGAUCUGUGAGGUCCAGGAAGCAGAGAAGGCUGAUGUUGAUAAAGCGGUGCAGGCGGCUCGCCUCGCCUUUUCUUUGGGCUCCGUAUGGCGAAGGAUGGACGCAUCUGAGAGGGGGCGUCUUCUGUCCAAACUGGCUGACCUGGUGGAGAGAGACAGUGUCAAUCUAGCAACUAUUGAGUCACUGAACAGUGGGAAGCCUUUCCUGCCCACCCUGUUUGUGGACCUCCAAGGAACCAUAAAGACACUGAGAUACUUUGCUGGAUAUGCAGACAAGAUCCAUGGCACUUCCAUUCCAAUGGAUGGAGAGUAUCUGACAUUUACCAGAUAUGAGCCCAUUGGAGUUUGUGGACAAAUUAUCCCUUGGAACUUCCCUCUGAUGAUGACAGCAUGGAAGCUGGGUCCAGCAAUCGCAUGUGGAAACACUGUUGUCCUUAAACCUGCUGAGCAGACACCGCUCACCUGCCUCUACAUAGCAGCUCUCAUCAAGGAGGCCGGGUUUCCACCGGGAGUCAUCAAUAUUUUGCCAGGAUUCGGGCCAACGGCAGGAGCUGCGAUUGCUUCGCACAUGGGCAUAGACAAAGUGGCUUUCACAGGAUCAACCGAGGUUGGCAAGCUGAUCCAAGAAGCAGCUGGGAAGAGUAACCUAAAGAGAGUGACGCUGGAGCUAGGAGGAAAGAACCCCAACAUCAUCUUUGCAGAUGCUGAUUUGGAUCUAGCUGUAGAACAGUCCCAUCAGGGCGUGUUUUUCAACGCAGGCCAGUGCUGCACGGCAGGCUCUCGCAUCUUUGUGGAGGAGCCCAUAUAUGAUGAGUUUGUUCGGAGGAGUGUGGAGCGAGCCAAGAGGAGGAUAGUUGGCAGCCCCUUUGAUCCCACCACUGAGCAGGGUCCACAGAUCAGUCGGGAGCAGCAGAAUCGUGUGUUGGAAUUUAUCCAGAGUGGUAUCAGUGAAGGAGCCAAGAUGGAGUGUGGAGGCAAAGCUCUGGGCUUGAAAGGGUUCUACAUUGAGCCCACUGUUUUCUCUAACGUGAGGGAUGACAUGCGCAUUGCCAGAGAGGAGAUUUUCGGUCCAGUCCAGCAGAUCAUGAAGUUCAAAACUAUCGAGGAAGUGAUAGAAAGGGCCAACAACACAGAUUAUGGUUUGGUUGCUGCCGUAUUCACCAACGACAUCAACAAAGCCAUGACCAUAUCCACAGCCGUGCAGGCUGGCACUGUCUGGAUAAACUGCUUCAACGCUCUCAGCACACAGUGUCCAUUUGGAGGAUAUAAAAUGUCUGGCAAUGGACGUGAAUUGGGAGAAAGCGGCUUGAAGGAGUACUCAGAAGUGAAGACCAUCACGAUGAAGAUGGUCGCCAAGAACUCUUAAGGCAGCCACACUUUCUUGGGGAGGAGGUAGCGUCUUCCUCAUCACUGACCCGCCUCUUGUCAGUCCGUCCACAGUGGCAAACGACAAUUACUAUCAAAACUAGUUAUCUCCACGGUAACUACAGGCUGUGUGUGACCACUCGCUGCCCUCCCAGUUCCUCCAUCAACUCUGCAAUGCUCGCAACGGACAGUCAGCUAAUCCCUGUCCAGCUAUCUCCACCUGCCUUGAGUGACUCUCUCCAGUCUAACUGAGUACCACUGAACUACCCCCUAAUGUAUACCUCCUCCACUAACUACACUAAAGCACUCACAGAGACAAUGGGGAGGCUGUUCUGACUGCAAACCCCAAUAACAACUCCCCCUCCCAGUUGCUACACCCUGACCCCCCCCCCCCCCCCCCCCCCCUCCCCAGAUGCUGGAUGCUCAGAGACUCAGUCGCCCGCACUUGCAAUCAACCCUUUACUAGCAACUUGUCAUGUGUUGGGAGGCAGUUAUUCUUUGUACUGUGCGGUAUGAUCGUCAAAAAACCUCAUGUUUCAUUUUCUUGGUAGAAUUUAUGCAAGCAUGUCAGCUCAUUCAAGAACACUGAUGUUGUCAGCCUCAGAUAUGAAUGGAUGAAAUGUUUAUUCAGAAUUAAAAUGGAUUUCUAAUUGUCUUUGUUUAUAUUUUAGCUUGUAUGACUUAACACUGUAUGUCAACCUUUGACUGAUGUAAGCGUGAAGAUUUUAACCUCUUAAAAGCAUUUUACUCUCACCUGCUAAAAGAGGAGUAGAUGUAUUUUCAACAUUAUGUAACUGAUUUUCAUUGAUGUCCAUCUAUGUUUAUGUUUAUACUAUCAUAUGCUAUAAAAUUAUAAAAUGAC